UGCUACCAAUUCUCCCUCUUGUUGCCCUCCCUUCCCUCAUCGACAACAUCACUUCUCCCACCACCGAUUUCUCUCACUCAUAUCACUCCUCGUCAACAUGAAGUCCUUCGCUGUCGUCGCCGCCGUUGCCGCCCUGGCCUCUGCCCAGACCCUCACCGACCUCCCCGCUUGCGGUCAAGCAGUAUGCAUUCCCAACAUGCUCGAGCUCGCGCCCACCUUCGGCUGCGCUGUCGGUGACAUCCAAUGCUACUGCCGACAGGAGCGCUUCGGUCUCGGAAUCCGUGACUGCGCUCAGGAGGCCUGCGGCAAUGCUGGUGACGCCCAGAGCGUUAUCGCUUACGGUGUCCAGUACUGUGCCAGCGCUCUCGGUGGAGCUGGUGGUAGCCAAUCUGGUUCCGAAUCAUCUGCUGCUGCUACUGCCUCUGGAUCAUCUGGCGCGUCCGGCGCGGCUGGUGCUCAAGUCACUACCUACACCUCUGACGGAUCGACCAUCACCUCGACCAUCAGCGGCACUGGUGGCAGCGCUCAGGUCACUACCUACACCUCUGAUGGCUCGGCCAUCACCUCGACCAUCACCGAUGGCGGUGCUGGAGGAAUCAUUGGCGGUGGUGCUGCUGGCAACGGUAGUUCUGCUACCGAGUCUGGCGACAUGAGCAUGAUGACUGGCACUGAGAGCGGCGCCAUGAUGUCUGCCACCGACAGCGGUGCGAUGGGCUCUGCCACCGAGUCGUCCGGAGCUGGCGAGUCUGGCUCCAUGACCACCGAGAUGAAUAGCGAGCCAUCCGAGUCCUCUUCCGGUGGUGCCGGUGGUGCUGGUGCUUCUUCCACUUCUUCCUCCUCUCAGGGUGCCGCCGCCAUGAUCACCGCUGCGCCAAUGCUCCUCGCCGGUGCUCUCGUCGCUUUCCUGUAAGCAAUUUCCGAACGAACGACACACCGACGUGCGGCAAGCAGUGGACGGAAGACUCUUUCAGGAGUCGCGGAUCUACACUGUCCUCACUUCACAAAGGGAGGACAAUCGCCACGGCUCACGGAAAAGACCCAGCAUGCAAUCACAACACGGGCCAUUGGGUAUUGAGAGUGACGAGGUUUUUUUGGGAAGAUUCGAGGAAGAGAGACGACUUUUUUUUCUUUGGGAGCGAUGAUACCACCUUCUGGCAUGAGUAAAGAUAGGUACGACGUGAUUGUUGAGAACGCUUUGUCGAGCGGGAGGAAAGAGGCUCCGGCAGUCCACUCUUGGGCGGCCAGAUGACGAACAUGCAGAAUCAGAAGACGCACAUGAGUUAAUGUAUAAACUUCUUGACCGAGAAUUGUGAAUCCG